GUGCGCUGGAAGACAGGAGAAGAGGAGCAUGUUGGGAGACCUGGUCCAGUCAGACCCUGCAGCCUGCAGAGGCACCAUGAGUGCCGAAGAGGACGCCAGGUGGCUCUGCUGGGUGACGCGGCAGUUCAAGACCAUCGCGGGCGAGGACCGGGAGAUUGACCUGCAGGAGUUCAAAACCGCUCUGCGUGUGAAGGAGCCCUUCUUCGCAGAGCGGUUCUUUGCCCUGUUCGACUCAGACGGGAGCGGCACCAUCACCCUGAAGGAGCUGCAGGAGGCGCUGACCCUGCUGGUCCAUGGCAGCCCCACGGACAAGCUCCGGUUCCUCUUCCAGGUCUAUGAUGUCGAUGGCAGCGGCUCCAUCGACGCGGACGAGCUGCGCACCGUGCUGCGGUCCUGCCUGCGCGAGAGCGCCAUCUCUCUGCCCGACGAGAGGCUGGACGAGCUGACGCGGGCCCUCUUCGAGUCGGCCGACAGGGACGGCAGCGGCGCCAUCACCUUCGACGAGCUCCGGGACGAGCUGCAGCGUUUUCCCGGAGUCAUGGAGAACCUGACCAUCAGCGCUGCCCACUGGCUGCGGCCCCCCGACGCCCACCCUCACCCACGCCUGCAUCGGCCACGUCUGCUGACCCGCUCCUACUGGCACAACCACCGCAGCCAGCUGCUCUGCCUGGCUGUCUAUGCGGGCCUCCACCUGCUGCUCUUUGUGCUGGCGGCCAGCGCAUACUGGGCCCACGGUGCCAGCAUCAUGGUGGCCAAGGGCUGUGGCCAGUGCCUUAACUUCGACUGCAGCUUCAUCGCGGUGUUGAUGCUCCGACGUGGACUCACGUGGCUGCGGGCCACGUGGCUGGCCCAGGUCCUUCCACUGGACCAGAAUGUUCAGUUCCACCAGCUCAUGGGCUACGUGGUGGCCGGGCUGUCCCUGGUGCACACCGUGGCCCAUGUUGUGAACUUCGCAUUCCGGGCGGAUGCCGGCACCAUCCAGUUCUGGGAGCUGCUGCUCACGGCGAGGUCCGGCGUCGGCUGGGUGCAAGGCACGGCCCCCCCAACGGGCGUCGCUCUGCUGCUGCUGCUGCUGCUCAUGGUCACCUGCUCCAGCGCCUGUGUCCGCAGGAGCGGCCACUUUGAGGUAUUCUACUGGACCCACCUGUCCUACCUGCCCAUGUGGCUCCUGCUGAUCGUGCAUGGCCCCAACUUCUGGAAGUGGCUGCUGGUGCCCGGCACCAUGUUCCUCCUGGAGAAGACUGUCGGGCUGGUGGUAUCCCGCAUGUCGGCCCUGUGCAUUGAAGAAGUCCACCUCCUCCCCUCCAAGGUCACACACCUCCUCAUCAGGCGGCCCCCGCUGUUCCACUACCGACCGGGUGACUAUGUGUACCUCAACAUUCCCACCAUCGCACGCUAUGAGUGGCACCCCUUCACCAUCAGCAGUGCCCCUGAGCAGAGAGACACCAUCGGACUCCACAUCCGGUCCCAAGGCCAGUGGACGACCAGGCUGUACGAGUCCUUCAAGGCAUUGGACUUGAGGGGCUGCGGCUCCAAGCAACUGUCGAGCAGUUUGAGGAUGAGGAGUCAGAAGAGGCCCCAGGCCUCUGAGAUGUCUUCAGAGAACUCCCGGUUCUGCAACAUCAAGUGCUACGUGGAUGGCCCCUAUGGAACCCCCACCCGCAGGAUCUUCGCAGCCGAGCACGCUGUGCUGAUCGGAGCUGGCAUCGGUGUCACACCCUUCGCCUCCAUCCUGCAGAGCCUGGUGUGCAGGCACCAGAAGAGGAAGCGUGUCUGCCCCAGCUGCCAGCACACCUGGAUGGACAGCCGCCAGGAUGAGGACAUGAAGCUCCGCAAGGUGGACUUCAUCUGGGUCAACCGAGACCAGCGGGCUUUCGAGUGGUUUGUGAGCUUACUGACCAGACUGGAGAUGGACCAGGCAGAGGAGGCCCAGGAAGGCCGCUUCCUGGAGCUGCACAUGUACAUGACUUCUGCCCUGGGCAAGAACGACAUGAAGGCCAUCGGCCUGCAGAUGGCCCUGGACCUCCUGGCCCGGAAGGAGAAGAAGGACUGCAUCACGGGGCUGCAGACACGCACCCAGCCUGGGCGUCCUGACUGGAGCCAGAACCCCAAGCCUGAGCCUUUCCAGGGUCCCGUGUGCCACGAAGCUUGCUGGAGAUGA